AUGGUAGAAUGCUCGCCUGCCACGCGGGCGACCCGGGUUCGAUUCCAGGUCGAUGCAUUGUUUUCUGAAAUUUAUAAAUUGAUUAACAUUCUUUUUCUUUUCUUUUUUUUAAAAAAAAGGAUAAUUUUCUCUCUUCAAGUCCUUCUCCUUUUCCCCUCUCUCUUUUUUUCUUCUCUGUUUCCUUUUUUUUUAUCCUUUUUCAUCACUGAUUUUCACUCUUCUACACAUUUCCACCUCCAACUCUUUCUCUGUCCUCCUACUUCAACCUUCUCCUCCUGCUUAUUUGGACUUCAUGUCUUCCAUUUUUAUUUUCAUGAUACUAUUCUUUUCUUUUUUCUUUUUCUUUCUCCUGUUACUCUUUCUUCUUUCUUCCUCUUCCCUUCACCCCAUCAUCUUCUUCUUAGAAAUUUCCCAUCUCCACCAUUGUGUUCUUCUCCCUCAAUCUUUAACUGUGCUUUCCUACUCUUCUGUUUUCAUAUUUUUCUCUUUUCUUCCUCCUGGUCCCCAUUCAUUCCUCUUCACAUUUCCUUCAUUCUUUCUAUCAGUCUCAUCUUUUUCAUUUUCUUUUUUUUAAGUUUCUCUUCUCUCUUAUUCUUUUUUAACUACACUUUCACAUUUCCCCACAUCUCUCUUCCUUUUUCUUUUAUUUCUUCUUUCCUUUUUUUUACACCAUUCUUCAUUUCUUUCUUUUCAUCUUCUCUUUCCCGUCCACAUUUUCAUUAA